AUGGGCGCAACUCCAAGACCAGGCCUUUCCCUCGACCUAUCCAAAUAUGACAAGCUCGACGCUGCUCAAGCAGGGCACUUACGCCACUUCCACAACCUCGCCAGCCAGAUGGACGGCGAAUGGCAUCACAUGGGAACCCAGGAGCCGAUGCAAGAGUUCUUGGACGCCUACCGCUACCAGCUCGCCACCAUGGCAUAUGCCGUCGGCGUCGCACAUUACCACCGUCUGCCCGCCCUGAGAAGCUCCCUCAAGACGCUCAUGCGGCGUCUCAUCCACAAGAUGAUGCGUCGAGAGGUGUGGUCUUACUGGUUCAACACCAGUCUCUCGGGGAACCGGACGGAUCCCGACCGGACGGAGCUGAGAAAGCCGUGGGCUGAUCCGGUGGUCAGGGAGAACAUCAUGUACAGCGGCCAUCUCUUGCUGAUGACGAGUCUGUACGGCAUGCUGUUUGACGACGACGAGUUUGAGAAGUCGGAGUCUCUGACGUUUCGAUGGGAUCCCUUGUUCUUUGGGUUUGGGACGGAGACGUUUCAUUAUGAUAACCGCAGCUUGCAGGAGGCUAUUAUUCGGGAGAUGGAGAGGAAUGGCUGGGUUGGUGUUUGCUGCGAGCCGAAUCUGGUUUUCAUCGUUUGCAACCAGUUUCCUAUUAUUGCAAUGAAGUACAACGAUGCGAGAGACGGCACCAACGUGUCUGACCAAGUCCUGGAAAAGUACAAGGCAGCUUGGGAGAAGAAGGGUAUGGUGGCUCCCAGCGGCUUAUACGUGGACUGGUAUUUUGUUCGACAGGACAAGACAUUACCGCCAAAAUCAGUUGGUUUCUCGGCAUGGGCAAACGCAUAUAUGAAUACGUGGAACUCGGAAACGGUAAAGUCGCUGUACGACCAACAGGUAUACGGCUUCAUCACCUCCAUCGACGGCAAAGUGCAGCUUCAAGAAGAUCGCAUCGCCCAAGAAUACCGAAAGCUCGUAGACACUGAAAAGGCAGACAAGAAUGACGCUUCGGUUCUUGCUCGAGCCAGGGCCAGUGCCGCUGCACUUCCACCAUCAAAGAUGCCCUUCUCCACGCCUACGUUUGGGUAUGUCGUGCAAUGGCUAUCAGAACUAGGCAAGAAGGAAGAGCUGAAAGGUUUGCUCAAGUAUGCAGACGAGCAUCUGCAGCCAACAUGGGAGGAGGGCGGACUGUUUUAUCCCAGGAAUGAUGUGAAGACGAAUGAGGCUGGGGAGUGGACGCACAUGGAUCCGUUUUCGGGGAAUGCGUCGAUUGGGUAUGCGAGGCUGAAUGUGCCCGACGGACAGAAGAAGAUGUGGGAUAGCCCGAGAGUGAGGGGCCAUGCGGCGAUGCAGCCGUGGAUUGACGGCAUCGACCUUGACCAGGGAAUUGAUUGCUUGCGAGGGGUUUGGGAUGGUGAUGAGGGUGCGUUGGUGGUGACGAUGAAGACGUGGGAUGGACGGCGGGUGACUGCUGCUCUGGUGGCGAAUAACUUGCCGGGGGGGAGUUGGUGUGUUUUUGUGAAUGGAGAGCUGGUGCAGAGUGUAACCGUGAAGGAUGGGGGAGAUGUAAGGGUCGAGAUUGAGGUUGGAGGUGAAGAGUUGGAUGUUGUGUUUAAGAGGGGUGACUAA